GACUUUUUUGUUCAGUUUGACCUAAUUUGUAAGCAUACGACAACAAGCGUUACUAUCACAACUCGUCUACUAUAUUACUCAUAAUUAUUCGCCAAUCCUCUUUAAUUAAUAACUCAAAAUUGGUUGUUUACAAAAUUUUAUAUACAGUUUGAUUUAAUCUGCAUGUAGACGAGAUAUAGGAUGCUUGGCGUCAAGCUUUGUAUGUAAUGAACAGUGUGUAUUUGUAAUAAUUUUGUCAGAUGCCUAGUACUGGCACGAAUAAUGAAGCAUCUAUAGAGCAUGAAUUUUACUCGGCUUCCGUAUCGGAGGACGGACAUGCUUCUCAUCUACCACCUGAAAUCUGGAAGACCGUUAUUAGUUUAGGGUAUUUGUUUAUUGUCACAUGGAUCACCGCCUUCGUGAUGGUCAUCGUUCACGACAGAGUGCCUGAUAUGAAAAAGUAUCCUCCAUUGCCAGAUAUAUUUUUGGACAACGUACCUCAUAUUCCUUGGGCAUUCGAUAUAUGCGAAGUUAUCGGAACUCUGCUUUUCGCGAUAUGGCUGGUUGUGCUUAUAUUUCACAAAUAUAGGUUCAUUUUGUUACGGAGGUUCUUCGCACUGUCAGGUACAGUCUUCCUAUUGAGAUGCGUGACAAUGCUCAUUACUUCCUUAUCAGUACCAGGUGCACACUUACAAUGCCAACCGCGGAAAGUUCCAGAUGAGGACUGGACAGGUUCUGCGUACGUCGAAUUGUACAAUAAAAUAGCAAUGGCUUAUGUUAUAUGGCGGGGCGCUGGUAUGUCCAUUCAAGGUGUAAGGACCUGCGGGGAUUACAUGUUCAGUGGGCAUACGGUUGCUUUAACUAUGCUUAACUUCUUCAUUACAGAAUAUACUCCAAGACAUUUGUACUUUUUACAUACUUUCACAUGGAUGCUCAAUAUGUUUGGUAUCUUUUUUAUUCUGGCAGCACAUGAACAUUACUCCAUCGAUGUUUUCGUGGCGUUCUACAUUACUUCACGAUUGUUUCUUUAUUAUCAUACAUUGGCGAAUAAUCAAGCGUUGAUGCAACGUGAUUCAAUUAGAACUAGAAUCUGGUUUCCGUUGUUCAGCUUCUUCGAGGCGUCUGUCGACGGCAUCGUUCCUAACGAAUAUGAAUCGCCGUCUUUGAUCGUUUGCAAUUUAGCAGGUACGGGAAAGAACACUUGGCAUUGUUUACGCUCAUUAAUUUGCUUCCGAAAAACGCCGCGUAGUAUGAAUGGUAGUAUCAACAGCACAAAGAAAGAUCACUAACAGGUAUGUUCAUUGCGUUCUUUUUUUUACUUUUAUAAAAGAUUUUUAAACAUGUUGACUGUUUGCCUGGUAGAUCUGUUUAUACGCAGAAAUAAUAUAUUAAAAACGAGAUAUAAUUAAUCCAAAAUAUUUAUUUUUAUGCGAUAACAUAAUUAUAAUAUAUAUGUAAAAUAUAUAUGAUGUACAUGUACAUAUACAUCAUAUAUAUACAUACGUACAUAUAUAUGCACACAUAUUUUACUUGUAAUAUAUAUAAAAAUACUUAUAUUACCAAGAAAAUUAAAAUAAAUUUAAGAGCUUAAUUUAAGUUAUUAAAUCAAUGUGUAAAAAAUUCGAAUUUGUUGCACGUGUUAUUUUGUACUUCAUACAGGGUGUCAAAUAAGUCCCGGGACGGCAAGAUAACUUGGCGGGGGAACAUUUUAGAGAAAAAUGUUUCAGACAAAAGUUGUAAGGCUUAAAAAAACACAUUCAACGAUAGUAGUUAUUUGACAUAGGAUGGCGUCGCCAAGGUCAGAACA